AUGGGGCCCGCGGUGCUCGGCCUCCCGACCGUCACCCCCGACCCUCGGCCCGGCCCCUUGCCCUCAGGUACCCGCUGUCCGGGCUGGCAGGACUGUCGCCCAUCCCUCGAAAGGGAAAUCACGGAGUGCAGUCCAGGUCCCGCAGCUCAGGAGUGUGGUGCCACGGCCCGGCCAGCUUUCACCCGUCCUCCCGGAUUUGUAGGGCCCUACCCUACGUCCCACUGGGAAUCUCAACUUAAAUCCAAAGCAUCUACUCCUGUGCAGGAUUUGGAGGAAGAUUCAUCCCAUGAUCUGCAAAUGGGGCCAGGGCCGGACCUGAGGAUGCAGAUCAGACCCACAAUUGAAGGCAGGGGGACACCUUCAAUUCCAGAGGACCGGCUGGCUCUCCAGGUGUCGCCUUGGUCUUCUGGAUAUAUCGGGCUGAAGGCAGCCUUGCAGAUUCAGAGGGUGGCCAUGCCGGUGCCUCCACUGGGUGUCCCUGAGCUGGGGAUGGCUGGGGGUUCUGUUCUGCUUGCGCAGGACCCCGCCUGGCUCCAGAAGGAGAACACAGAGGAGGAAGCUGUGGCUCCUGGGGUACUGAUCACCUGUCUGCAGGAACCAGUCACCUUUGCAGAUGUGGCUGUGUUAUUCACCCCAGAAGAAUGGAUGUUUCUGGACUCUGCCCAGAGAAACCUGUACAGAGAUGUGAUGCUGGAGAAUUAUAGGAACCUGGCCUCUGUGGGUGAUCAGCUAGGCAAACCUAGUAUGUUUUCCCAUUUGGAGCCAGGAGAAGAGCUGUGGCCCACUGAGAGAAGAAUCUUCCCAGGAACCCAUCCAGAACCUCCACUCCAACCCCAAGAUUCAAUUUCCAACCAGGAUAUUUUUGCGGAGAUUUCAUCCAUUGGCAUGAAAAGGGAGCAACCUCAGACUGGACAAAAACUCUAUAAAUACAGUGAAUUUGGGGAAGCCUUUCAUGGCAUCAAACCAUUCUUCCAGUACCAGAGAAUUCACGCUGGGGGAGACCACUAUGAAUGCCCUGAGAAUGGAAAAUCCUUCUUCCAGCCCACUCACCUAAUCGUGCCUGAGAAAAUCCAUCGUGGGGACAAAACCUAUGCGUGUAACAAAUGUGAGAAAUCCUUCAGAUACAGCUCCGACCUAAUCAGGCACGAGAAGACUCACACUGCGGAGAAGUGCUUUGAAUGUCAGGAGUGUCGGCAAGCCUUCAAGUAUUCCUCCAAUCUGCGGCGCCACCUGAGGACUCACACUGGAGAGAAGCCCUUCGAAUGUGCCCAGUGUGGGAAAACCUUCACGAGGAAUUUUAACCUCAUUCUGCACCAGCGAAACCACACCGGUGAGAAGCCCUAUGAAUGUAAGGACUGUGGGAAAGCAUUUAAUCAGCCAUCGUCUCUGAGGAGUCAUGUGAGGACUCACACUGGAGAGAAGCCCUUUGGAUGCAGUCAGUGUGGGAAAGCCUUCAGGGAGCACUCGUCUCUGAAGACACACCUGCGCACUCACACCAGGGAGAAGCCAUAUGCGUGUAACCAGUGUGGGAAGCCCUUCCGGACAAGCACUCAUCUGAAUGUGCACAAGAGGAUACACACUGGGGAGAAACUGUAUGAGUGUGCUACCUGUGGGCAGGUCUUGAGUCGCCUCUCAACGCUCAAAAGUCACAUGCGAACCCACACUGGAGAGAAGCCCUACGUGUGCCAGGAAUGUGGGCGUGCCUUCAGUGAACCUUCCUCCCUCAGGAAACACACAAGGACCCACACCGGCAAGAAGCCCUAUGCCUGUCAGGAGUGUGGGCGAGCCUUUGGUCAGUCUUCACACCUUAUUGUGCAUGUGAGAACCCACACUGCAGGGAAACCCUAUGAAUGCAACCAGUGUGAGAAGGCCUUCAGGCACAGCUCUUCACUGACUGUGCAUAAAAGGAUUCACGCUGGGAGAGAGAAGGUUAGGAAUGGUGGUCUGCCUUUAACAGUGUCCCAUCCAUUUGAUGGGCCUCUUGCUGAUUGACUUCCAAGUUUUGAAAAUAUAUACGUUCCAGGCUAUAAUCAUCUGCCAUAGUACAUGUUUCACCACAUCACAUGUUUUGAUGUAUAAUAUUUUCAUUUUGGUUGAAAUCUGAAUGUUGUCUUAGUUUCUAUUAUCACUUAUUCUUUGGCCCAUGAGUUAUUUGUAAUUAGAUUUUAAAAUAACAGGACAUGAGUAUAUUUUUAGAGGUAUCAUUACUUAGAGUGAAGUGCAUAAAUCUUAAGUAUACAGUUGGAGGACUCUGACAGGUGUACAUAUGUAUAUGUAGCCAACACGCCACUUAAGAUCUAGAAAUUUCUAUCCUUCUGGAAAGUUCCUGCAUGUAUAUGUAUAUGGGUAAUUUUUUUUUAGUUGCCUUUUUAUUGUCGGUUUCUAAUUUAAUUAUAUUACGAGCAGAGAAUAUGGUCUUUAUGUUAUUGAAUGUUAGGUAUCUGUUUUGUUUUAGAGUGGCAUAUCUUCCUAGUUGCCUAUCAAAAUUGUCCCUCUUCCUUACAAAAGCAUUUAGGUUUUUUUGUUCAGAUUGGUAACAUGAACUAUUAAACCUCUAUCUCCUGGUCCUUGCAGCCAGGGGAGGCCAUGUCCCUCAGACCUGGCCAUUCUAAGUGUAAGUCACUGGGUGUGACUCCUUGGGAAGAUGUUGCAAAGGAACAUUUAGCCAGAUCCUUCCACUUCUUGCCCUUUGUAUAAACAGAUAUGAUGUCCUGUGCUUGAGGAGCCAUCCCAUGGCCAUGAGGGUAAAAGCUACAGGCUAAAGAGAGUAUGGCCAGAAGUCACAACCAACCUGGUUCCCCAGUUGAUAUUUUUGUGUGGCUGCCCUGGACUGUUUGUUUCUGGACAUCUUCUUACAUGAAAAAGAUGCGCUUCUUUUUUUUUUUUUUAAUUUAUUUUAUUUUUUAUUUUUAUUUUUUUUAUUUUAAUAAUAAAUUUAUUUUUUAUUGGUGUUCAA